AUGACCCGAGACGACUCUUCUGGCACCAUCGUAGUGGGCGAUGCUACUCCCAAGAGCAUGUCUCGCGGUAACUCCACCGAGAAGUUGUGGGAGAAAGAGUUCCUCGUGACAUGGCAAGAGGGCGACGCUGAGAAUCCGCGGAAUUGGUCGGAGGCAUACAAGUGGUUCGUAUUCAUCGUCUACUGCGCCCAGCAAUUCAACGCAAACGCCAUCAGCACCCUUUGGACGCCCGGGACGCAAGAGGCAGCCAAAGAACUUGGCGUCUCUGAGGUAGUCAUGUCUCUCGCCACCGCCAUGUAUCUCUUUGGUUUCGGCGUCGGCCCAAGUCUCGUCUCAGGCGCCGCCGAACGGUGGGGUCGAAAGGUCGUAGAGGCACCUCCACUGGCUCUUAUUGCCAUCUUCCAGAUCCCCACAGCCUUGGCGCCCAAUGUCGCUGUUGUCCUCGUCUUUCGUUUCCUGGCCGGAUGCGCUUGCGCCGGCACUUUCAAUGCCGCUGGCGUCGUCGCUGAUCUGUGGCCUCGCGAGGAGCGAGGAUGGCCGACGGCUUUCUUUGUACUCAACAGUAUCGGUGGCUCCAACAUCGCCGCUGGGUUCGCAGGCUACCUUGUCAUGGCCGUCGGCUGGCGAUGGACGUUUGGCAUUGGCGGCAUUUCAACGGCAUUCAUGCUCCUCUUUGUCUUUUUGCCCUUUGCCGAAGAGACGCACCACGGCGUCCGCCUCAAGCGCCGAGCAAAGAAGCUUCGAAGGGAGACGGGAGACGAACGCUAUUUUGCGGACCACGAAAUGAAGACGACGGGCCAGCACCCUCGCCAGAUCAUCUUUGAAACGCUUCUUAGGCCGACGUGGAUGCUCUUGACGGAGAGCAUCGUCUUUUGGUUUGGCUUGUUCGAGUCUCUGACUUACAUUGUUAUCUAUCUCUUCAUCGGCUCGUUUCAGCUCAUCUAUGUUCAGUACGGAUUUAACAUGGGCGAGCAGAAUCUGGCCUUCUUCGCCAUCGUCCUGGGCUUCUGCAUCGGCUUCUGCAUGUUCCCCAUUCAAAAGGCCCUUUGGAGGCGAGCAGAGAAGAAGGGUCCGAUGGAGAAUGGCAAGCCGUCGCCCGAAGCGAGGCUGCUCUGGGUCAUGCCAGCCGGUGUCCUCUUCUCCUCGUCACUCCUCUGGUUCGCCUGGACCUCUCGGCCCCCCGUACCGUGGAUUGUCUCGAUGAUCGCCCUCGUUUUCUUCGGCAUUGGUGCCUUCAUCACCUUCACGGGUGCCACCGAGUACGUGAUCGCGUCUUACGGGCCUGUCGCUACGAGCGCCACGGGCGCCCAAAAUCUACUCCGGGAAACACUAGCCGGCUCUUUGACUAUUGCCUCUGUGCCUAUGUACAAGGGCCUGGGUAAUCAAUGGGCAACGACGCUACUGGGCUGCUUCGCCGCCCUCGUCGCCCUCGUGCCCUUUGUCCUCUUCAAAUACGGCCCUGCUAUCCGCAAGCGGUCGCAGUACCAUCAACUCAUCGUUGAAUCGAUCGACACCUAGGUUCCCUUCCACCUGUACGAUAGAGCCCAGCCCACCUCAGCAUUGUGUGACACUCGAACACAUUUCCGCCUUUUUUCAAGGCACGUGAGAAAAAGACUGGCAAUGAAAAUCAAAGGGAAAAGAAAAGAAGAAAGGCGGAGAGGAAAUUUGAGAGAGAAGCGCUCGAGAGGAAAAAAAAC